AUGACUAGCCGCCACAUAAGCUUAACAGUUGAGGGAGGUGAAGAAUGCGCUCUCAAGCAACUUACUUCCAACCUACUCCUCCUUAGCAUCAUCUUGUUCCUCAUCAUUGAACUUCAACUCCUCGCCUCAAACAUGGAUCGUUUCCUCCAAAAUGAUACGCAACCGGUUGAAGUGACUGAAGGUAACGAAUACACCCUUGAUGAAGAGGACCUCACUCCCUCCAUGCAAUGUCGAUGGCCACCGCCGGACAUUAAAAGUAUAAUGGUGAAUAAGGGUUUUAAUAUCACCCUCUGUGUGCGGAGCUCACGCCAUGCGUCAGCGCACAAACGGGUGAAAAAGUAUGCGCUACAAGACUUGUUUGCCUUGUCCAAAUUUAGAGGAUCCAUUACUUUUGAAGGGCUGAGCUUGUUACCCCACCGAUUUUGGGAACGAGUGAAGAAGCCACAAAUCUACCUCACCUACCCUCAGGAUGUACCCAUGAGUGACAUUGUCGAGGCCGUUAAAGGAGGUUAUCGUGUACCCGAGAUGCCGAAUUACAAUUUCCCAAUUACAAUACUUAGCACACCCAAAUCUAUAUGCCAAAAGGAGGGUGAAAAGUACGACCUUGUUAUUGUUGUCAAGAGUUCAGUCCUAGCCUGGGAUGCAAGAUCAUCUUUUCGCGAGUAUAUGCGUCAUGAGAUCAUGCGAAACAAGCAGCUUAAAGUUGGUGUGAUUUUCAGCUUGGGUCUACCCAGAAGACACGGCAAAAGAGUGUUUGAUCGUGAUGGUCACACCAUUUACCUACCGGGACCCGCUGGGAACAUGCUAGACAUAUAUGAUGGUCGAGCAGCUGAAGUAAUGGCCAUCAUUAACGAGGAAAUCAGAAAGUAUGACGAUAUCGUAUUAGCAGACUACGAGGACACCUACUACAAUCUCACCUGGAAAACUGUCACCAAUUACCGUUGGAUGUCAGCAUUUUGUCGAAAGGAAGAUGUCAAACUCUUCAUGACCAUCGAUGAUGAUCAUAGAGUAAAUCUCUCCAUGGUGGCUGACUUCAUAGACCGAAUCCCGGUUUACAUCAGACGCAAUUCCCUUUUUGGAAAAGUGGCGAAGACGGACCGCGCUUAUCGAUCGCCUUGGAAGAAGCUGUACCUCUCCUACCGUGAGUUUCCAUGGGAUGUGAUGUACCCUUACUUGAGAGGAUUCGCCCAUCUAGUUGGGCCCGAUAUUGUUGCCGACGUGGCGAUUGCAACAGCUUACACCCGUUAUAAUUACGCUCCAGAGGAUGUUUACCUUGGAAUGGUUGCUUUUAAACUUGGAAUCCCUAACUUCAACGAGCCAACUAUGUACGGCCAUGAUGAUUACAAAAUUCGUAACAAAAAAAGGAAUCCAGCCAUGGUUGCUUUGACUAAAUUCUUUCCCACCACCUGA